AUUGACCUUUUCGGUGCUCCGUAGUCCUUCCCCCUCUUUACCUGUUUAGUGGCUAAAGAUGGCGGAAGCUCCUCCAUGGCCCUGCCGGUUCUUCUGUCACAGAUGCUCAGCAGAGAUUAGCCCUCGGCUUCCCAUGUCCUGAAUGGAGGGGGGAGAGACCCAGUUGAUCCUCUCAGCUGUCCUCAGUGUUUGCUGCAGGGGCUUACAGACCACAGUUCCCAUACCAGAUAGUGACACAGCUGGUCAGGACACUUUCAACGGUGUCCCAACAGGAUGGGGUGGGAAGGCUUGCUCGCUUCAGUCUUUUCAGCAUCCUCUAGAGUACACAUGUCCAAGAUGUGAGUCAGGGUUUAUUGAGGAACUGCUGGAGGAGAGAAGUGCUGACAAUGGCUCCAUGCCUACCAUCUCCAGUGGGCCCCAGAACCAGCAACCAUAUGAGAAUGUGGACCAGCACUUGUUUACAUUCCCUUCCGGCUAUGGUCAGUUUGCCCUGGGUGUCUUGGACGACCGCUUUGACUUCGGGGCUGGACUGGGAACAGAGGACAACCGGGAUGCUGAAAACAGGCGGGAAAGGGAAACAGCAUCACAGCAUCGAUAUGGUGCCAGGCAGCCGAGAAGUCGUCAUGGUUCAAGACGACAAGCAGGGAGACAUGAGGGAGUUCCCACUUUAGAGGGAAUCAUUCAGCAGCUAGUGAAUGGAAUAAUUGCACCUACUGCAAUGCCAAAUAUUGGUGUUGGACCCUGGGGUGUUCUUCACUCAAAUCCUAUGGAUUAUGCCUGGGGUGCUAAUGGACUAGAUGCAAUUAUAACUCAGUUAUUAAACCAGUUUGAGAACACGGGACCCCCACCUGCUGAUAGAGAUAAAAUAAAAAGUCUUCCUACAGUACAAAUUACAGAUGAGCAUGUUGCUUCAGGAUUGGAAUGUCCAGUGUGCAAAGAAGAUUACAGUGUUGGUGAAAAUGUGAGGCAGCUCCCAUGCAAUCACAUGUUCCACAAUGAUUGCAUAGUCCCCUGGCUGGAACAGCAUGACACUUGUCCAGUGUGCAGGAAAAGCUUGAGUGGGCAGAACACAGCAACAAACCCUCCAGAACUAUCAGGGAUGAACUUUACCUCCUCUUCCUCCUCCUCAUCCUCUUCUUCUUCCUCUACCCCUCAGUCCUCAAGUUCGACCAGCAACGAGAACUCCACCGAUAACUCAUAGAGUACCAUUUGUCCUUAUCACCCUAUGAGCUGUUUAUAGCUCCUAGGCUGCUGUACUUCAGAGCGGUGACCUCCAGUCUCUCCCUGCUGUAGGGUGGAGACCUGAGUGCAUCUCGCCAGGAGCACGCGAGCCUGAUUCAGGGGUAAGUGAUACGUGAGGUUCAUGUAUUUCUGCCCGUCCUGUUGCUCCCAACUUCAUCAGGAAUCUGAACAAAGGGAGGGGCGGAGGCCUGGAGUGCAGCUUCUGUCAGGGAGGAUGUGGAGAAGCACGGAAACUUCAAAGGGGUCGAUCCGCCUGAAUCACCUCAUACAGGAAAACAAAGGAAUCCAAAGGUAGAAGACUCGGGACAACAAGACAGUUGCCACUGAAGCAAAAAAGAAAUGUACAGUUAUUCCUUUUUAUAAGUAGCAUUUAUAUCUCACAGAUAAAAUGACCCAAAGUGCACUGUAGUGCAUUAUUCAAGUGUGCACUUAAGUGUCUUCAUGUUUAGGACGGAUAUUACAUUUGAUUCCUUUUAGUUCUUAAAACAAAAUUACAAUAGUUUAUGGAAUUAUUUUAUUGUCAAGAUCCACUUACUGUUUUAAGAUUACCUGACACCACACAGGUGCCAUUUUUUGCACUUGAAAUGCGUCAAAUUGCAGUAAUUUUGUGCUGUUUGGAUAAUGAUGUGAAUAAUGAUUACUAAAUUACACGCAUAAGGAUUUUUAUUUUAUCUGCAAGCCCAAAUUAUGGCUCAGCUUAAACAUUUAGAAACAUUUCAAUGCAUUUGUGCAUUUUAACUUAAAGGUAAAUUAAAUAUUUUCUUAAGUUGCCAGUUGAAAAAUUAUUGAUUUGCAGUAUGAUCGUGUCCAAGAAAAUGAACUGAUAUGAAAAUAAAGAUGUUUGGGUGUCACCACUCAAAAUUCAUGUAACGCA